UCACAGACCUCUCACCAAAGCCUAACAUCUAAAACCGAAGGCCUGAACGAAGCCACAUCCUAGGUGUGGGGCACAAACCGGUCUGACGCACUCUCAUGGGUCGUCACCACCAUCUUCCAGCGGUCUAUCUUAAGAGCAGGUAUAUACGCAUCGUCCUUGCUAGUCCUGCCGUGGACGCUGCCAUGGCGCCAAACAACGUCACCACCCUGCAGUCGUCAAUCCAGACAGUUCUGUCGUCGAGAUCCAGCCGCCUCAUGCCGCCAGUAGUCGUCAUCUUCAUGUUGUAGAUGACAUGCCACUCCACCUGAGAAAGUCCGCACCGCACCGCCACCGACCCUUGCCACCCGGAUCCCACCGCUAGAACAGCCUUCUUCCGAAUACGCAAGCCUCCCCAGACGACGCCAUCAUGAAGGGUACGACGAGCAAGGCAUCGCCGCCGCCCAAGCACGCGGGUUUUGGACUUUCGUCCGGGUGGGGGUGGGGUGGGGGUUCAGGAGUUGGAAUUAACCACAUGGCACCACACACCAGCCUCUCCUAGCCAAACGGUGCCCCAAUGAAGGUAACGACACCGAGCGCUGCCGCCGCCGUAUCCACAAGGGAUAACAGGAAUUAACCUUGGGUCGGAGAACACGGGGUGGGGAGAAGGGAUCUCGUCGGUGCCUCCAAGGAGGGGAGUAGCGCCCGCAGGCGGUCUCACCGACAUGGAUAGCCAAGCCACCAAAGGAUUUCUCCCGAACCCAACUCACACCACCGUGCCCAGCCAUCAUCAGGCCGGUGAUACAAGAUCACCGGCGCGAGAUCCGGCGGGAAGUGGACAAGACGAGAAACUUCAGAUCCGACGCUAGGAGAACUGCCAGAGCAGACCGCCGGCCAUGUACCGCGCCUGCCGUCGCCGCCGAGGACACCGACCCUCUCCCAUGAGCACCACCAGCCGCGAAGAUGGCGUCAGCUCUCUAAGCAGGGCCGCCGCUCUAGAGCCCCAUUCCCUUUGCCGAGACCGGAGCGAUGAAAUCCCCGUCACCACCUUCACCGGCGGCCGCACGGGCUUUCCCGGCAGCCUCCUCUGGUGGAGGUGAGGAAGAUGAGGGGCUAGAAGUGGCGGCGCAGGAUAACCCUAGUCACCUCCUGUGUCGCCUGGGAGGAUGACUUAACAACAAUAAAAUCUCUACUGUAAAAUGGAAAUAUUUUGCCUCAUCAAGGCAUGGUACUAUACUUUUGUUUGUUUCUUCGCCCCUCUUACAUUGUAUAAGAACGCCACUAAAAUCCAUUACAACCAUAUACACUAAGAACUCUCAUGUAGCUAAGAAUUUGUGAGGAAAUUGACUGGCAUAUUUGUCAAAAAACCUUAGAACCGUGCCUCUUCAACUAUAAUCUUGUCACUCAGUGGCGACGAUAUACACACACACUUAAUAUCAAUUCACAGAAAAUUUAAGCAUUUUCGGGCCACAAAGAGGUUUGUGCACUUGAACACCUCUACAUUAGUUAGCAUUACUAGAUGAAUUGCAAGCAUGCAACUGAAACAUGCCAGCGAUGUUAUGAGGAGUCAAGAGUGUAAGGUUGGACGGCUGUUAGCAGAACCAGAUAGCACAACGCUGGAACAUGCGGAUGAAGUCAAUGACUCCUUGCACCAGAAAGACGAAACCACACGUCAACACCCUCGUGCAGAUGAGUUUGCCACUAACAACUAAGACACGGCUGCAGCAUGCCAGCGGCAAAGCAUGAAGAGGGCUAGUCAUCACACACACGAUCAAGCUGUCUAGCUCAUCCAGCACAAAAAACUGGUCCUCGUGUGUGAGUUUGCCCCUGAUAAUUAAGACACUUUCGACAGGCCCAUAUACUCGUUCAUAAAUGUAUGAAACGAUAAGAAGACAGCAGAACGGCAUGAACUUGCCUUGAAGAUGGGGGACAAACUCUCAGGGCUUGAACUAACAAGGUUCCACUAAAUGAUAGCUUGAGCAUGCAACUAUGUGAAGAUCCCUUAUCAAACUAUACCAUUGUUAAUUAGUCCUUGCUGCCAAUUUGUGUAACAUGACAGAGUGAACAUGAGACGACUUUUGUGUUGGGAUCUCUAUGCUUCUGCCAGAUCUCUAGGAUGAUGUAAUGGCAUGAUUCUUCAUGUCUACUAAUCAGAUGCUGCAGCACAGCUGUACACAUAUCUUCUGUAUAAAUAGGCGUCAGCAGAAUGGUAGAUGCAUCAAACUAGAAGCUCUUCUUUCUUCCUCCUCUCUACGACCACAAUACAGAGCAAAUCUUCAAGCUCAGACAUGGCUUUCCACCAAAGAUCGACAAGUUUGCCUUCUAGGCCUCACGUCAGUGAGACCGAAGUCGAGCUAGAGCUUCAGAGCCUAGAAGCAAGCAUCUCUUCCUCCAAUUCCAUCAGCGCGAUGUGUGAUGGUCUCAGGACUCUUGCAAACAUCUACGAUGGUCUUGAAGAAAUCAUCUGCCUACCAAGCAACCAAGUUUGCUCCUCCCAGCAGAGGAGCAUAUUGGAUGGAGAAAUGGAAGGUUCUCUUGAGCUGCUAGAUCUCUGCAGCGCCAUGCAAGAGAUCUUCGUCGAGAUGAAGGCCAUCAUCCAAGAGCUGCAAGUGGCUCUAAGGAAAGGUGAUGAUGCAGCUACUCUAGCCAAGAUCCAAUCUUACAGCCGCUUGGUGAAGAAGUCCAAGAAUCUUUUCAAGAAGACCGCGAAGAAGGCUCCAGCAGAUUGUAGCAUGGUCAUGCUGUUGGCCAAGGCUAGAGAGAUCUCGGUGUCUCUCCUGGAGUCCACACUCCGUCUCUUGUCGAAGCAAAUCGAAAUGCCUAAACAGUCUCUUGUUUUCAAGGCAUUUCAGAAAAAGAAGGCAGCGAUUUGCAAGGAGGAGCAAUUGUCAGGGCUAGAGUGCAGUAUCGGCGAUCUCGAGAGCAGAGCAGGACAUCUGUUCAGGAAAUUAGUCCAGAGCAGAGUUUCUCUACUCAACAUCCUUAGCUCAUAGAUACUCCUGAGUCACUGUUGACGCCCUUCGAUUGGCAUCCGCCUUUUAAGGAAUAGCUGAUCAUCAUACAAUUUUCCCAUAUGUAUACACUAUACUGUAUAAAUGUACAUGAUAUAUACUACAGAAACAGAAACCAAAGUUUUGAUCAAUUUGGCCCUUUCA